GUGGGAAGGCAAUCCAGAGGAUAAAUCUGGAUAUACUAUGAAUUUAUUACUAGAGAAUUUAAAACCAGAGCCUAUAGAGAAAACAAUCAGACACUAGGAAACAACAAUGAUUAAGUAUAAGAAGAAUUUAAUUGAAGCAUACCCGAUGAGUUAAGAUAGACUCUGACAGACAACUAAAAAUAGGAAGAGACAGGACAAGCAGACAGGACUGAAACAAAGGAACAUUAGUGAGUUGAGUGUCAAACAAGUCAAGUAAUGACCAGAUUGAGUGCUUUGUUGUGUGAUUCUCACCAAGUUGAAAAGCAGAACCAGACGUCCGGUGAUUGAGCUUCUUGCAAGUUGAUGGUUGAUAGAGGAGCUUUUUCAAUACUUUAUGUAAGAGAUUGAGUGAGUCUUUAGAGUGAGGCAGUGCGAUGGUCAGAGUGAUUGGAAUGCCUGAGAAGACUGCCGAUUAAUUAAGUCGAGAUUGGUCCUUCUUUUAUACUCGAGAUUUGACAGGUCGAUUAGGUUUGAAUUAAUGAUGAUUAAGAUUUGAGAUAUGAGAUUCGGAAAUGGGUGGCGCAGUUGGUCGUGCUUCCUUGCUUCCCUAAGAGUUUCUCCAAUUUGUAUUCGUGACACGUUGAGUUUCAACAAGGAAUGGGAUGGCGUAGAAGGUGGUGAUGAUGGAUAUGAGUUGAGAGGCGAAGAGGAGUAGGGUGAGUGGGAUGAGUUUUGCUGGUGAAUGAUCGAGUAGUUGUUCUGGGGAUGGUUUGGUUGUGAUUUGUUGGUUGGUGAUGAGUUUCUGCUGUUGCUUGUUGAGUAGUCUUCUGAGGAAGUGAGUGAAUGAGGAGUGGUUUUCCUGCUGUUGGUGGUUAUUUGAUGAGCUGGUUGAUUGAGUGAUAGAUUGGAUGGUGGAUGAUGAGAAGUUGUGAGAUGGUGAUGGGAUGGGUUGAUGUUGUUGGUGUCGGUGUUGUUGUUGUUGGUUGUUCCUAGUUGUUGGUGAAGCUGAUAGUUGGUACGAGAGUACCUCCUCUGAUGUAGACCUCAAGCCGCAUCAAUCAUGAUGCGGUAAAAAAUCGAAUGGGCCAGUGUGGGCUUGGCCCAUCACCAAUUUGUUUUGGCCUUGCCCGGCCCAAGUCAUCGGGGGUUUGGAAUAAAUGCCCAGGUCGGGCUGUAACUCGUACAGAAGAAUCAAAGAUGCCAGGUUGGGAAGUGCAACUGGCAUCUUCGAAUACAAAAGUCAAAACACGAAGGCAAAAACUGCCUGUAAGGUCAAAAAGCCCUGGCGCGAUUGGUGUCGGUCCAGGGCUUCCGUAGAAAGCCGAAGAUAGAGCGGUUGUUGUAGCGACCUGCGAACGGGACUCUUGUAAUCCUUUUUGAUAUCCUAUGUAUAGGGUGAUCAUCUUCUGGAGCUCCUAUGGGGGGUGAUCGGCUGGUUAGGGCGAGCCGAUUACAACGAGCCAGACCGUUUUAAACUCGGCGAGUGUGAUCCCGUUCUUGCGGAUCGAUUCGGGCGGUCGACAAGAGUCCAGCAUGUCUUGUUCGAACCAUCUCCAAGGAUCCUUCCGAAACCUUCUUCGGAUCCACGCCUAACGCAUUCAAGACCGUACAGAGAGCGUGGCCAGACCACAAAACGAAGGUUCAUGCUGAGUCACAAAGUUGAGAGGCCAGCGGAAAGAAAGAGUCGAGAUAUUGGCCGUCGGCCAGGGAUGAACGAAACAGAGCUUUCCCUCGGUCUGAUGUACAACUCUCCGGCAGUUGGCGCUGGUAGAACGAAUGAGCAGGGUUGGAUUUUUCAGCUGCUAGUUUGAUUGAUUGAUCCUCCGACAUCGGACUUGAGUGUGCCUGGCUAUGUAGAUGGGUAAUUGUUCAGUGAUUGCGGUUUGUCAGUUUUGGUGAUACUAGAUAUCCUUUGCGAACCUGAGAUUCGGUCGAUCGGUUGGGAGAAUAAAGAACUGCUUUGCUUGCAGGCCCAGAGGUUCGUUGUGGUUCUCGGAUGAGGACUGAUGAUGUAAAAAGAUGAAAACAACCAACAAAGAACAUCACCAACAAGAAGAAAUACCGGACAGACUGGCAAAACUAGCAUACAACAAGAGAACAAGAACAACAACAACAACAACAACUACUAACCAAAAACCGACUAACACUACUUAUAACACUACUACUACUACUACUACUAUCCACCAUCCAACCAACAACCAUGAACAACAAGAACUACCCAGAGCAAAACGAGCACGACUAGAACUAGAACAGAUCAAAUCACUCACUAACAAACUCAAACAACACAAACACAAAAUCAAACAACAACCCAAACAGCAACAACAACAACAACCCAAACAACCACUCAAACAGCAACCCAAACAGCAACAACAACCUAAAAACACCUCCAUACCAAACCGACACAAGAAGAUCAAGAACCAGAAACUCAUAUACCUCAGAAGGAACCGGCUAACCAUCCAACAACAUCAACUCACCCAACAAGAACCAUCCAUCAAACUAAGGCCACACCAGAUCCACAUCCAACUAACAUCACUACACCCAUGCUGUCAAACUCAAAUCAACAGCCACGACCUCGAUCUACUCGAGAACGAACUGUCGAUCAUCCAGCUCAACUAUCAGCUCCUCUUCCUCUCCCGAUAUGACUCCAUCACUCAUCAGCUCGCACUCAGACUCAACAAAUGGAAUCCUUACAAUCACUUCCUCCGGGCCAAGUUUUGCACCCAAUUUCAUCUCCCCCCUUCUGAUCAUCAUUCCCCGAUCGAUACUCAUCAUCUGAUCCAGAUCACCGUCUGGCAUCGCGCCUGUCUCCGAACAAAAUUAAACAAACUCAUCCAACAACAACAACAACAACAACCAUCACCAUCGCCAUCAUCAUCAUCAAGAAUCCAUCAAGAUCCCUUUGAUCUUGCUUCUAACCCGAUCAUCCAACGGAUUAACAAUCAGAGACAAGCCUUAGACCAGCUCUUUGGCCAUCAACACCAACACAAACUCAUUCAGGUCGACCAAACUCUCAGAACCCGGCUCAGGAACCAGGCCAGAUGUGUGAAAGUGCCCCCGCGAAUAGGCGCACUGCAUUUCAAUACUAUGGAGCCUUAUCAGGCCGGACAGUUGGUGUACGAUUCGGAAGACGAGUUGCCGGAUCUUGAGCAUCAUUCGUGGAGGAAAUUCAGAUCAGAACUCUCCUGUGAGCGAUCAACACAACUCUCGAUCAUCAAGAAAUUCCACACGAAGGAUGAAGAAGGAGGGGAGGAGAGCAGGGUAAGUGAGAGGAUGAAAGAAGAGAGUGGGAGACUAUGGAACCAAUACAUCCGGAGCAUCUGUGGCGAUCCGACGAGCACGGCGAGUGUGCGAUUGGACGAGCAGGAUUACGUGGGUUUUGUGGAGCUCUAUGGGGCCCGAUUCGGCCGGGCGACGGCCCCCACCCGUCGCGCAUUGUCCGCCCUCCUCACCCAUCUCUUCGACCAUGACCUCCCUCUCUCUUCCCGGAUCAUCAACCAACGCGUUCGUUCCUUUCGUGGGACCCGCAAUCCCCGUAACACUCAUGCAGGCCCGUCGGCCAGUCCUGAGAUCAUCUCCUCCGUCAAGAAUGCAUUCAUCCAUUCGCUCCUCACUCAUUUCGAUCGCUUCGUUCCUCCUCCUUAAUCAUCCCCCUCGAAUCGUGUGGAUGUAUAUCUCUGUUUUGCUUUUGUUUGUUUGUUUGGAAAGUGUUCAUACAUUAACAGUUGAUCCAAAAAAAAAAAAAAAAAAACUCCAACUGUUGAUUUGUUCAAAGGAUUGUUACACCUAAUCAUCAUUCAUCAUAGCCUCGAUUUGCUUUGUCUAGAUUAUUCUUGAUCUUCUGUUCAAACCUCAACUAUCAUUCAUCCCAG